GUCCAACCCAGUUCUGUAACUCCAAUAACCACUACAACUUUUUUGACUUCGUUUAUCUCAUAUCCUGUGCAGAUCACGUGUUCCGUUAUUCUUUUAAGAGCUUUUCUAGGAACACAGUUCCGUUCUUCAAUAGGCAAAACUAGAAGCAAGAUGUCGCACCCAACAGUUUCCGCAAGACCUUGGGCGGAUCCAACAGCCAAGAAUCAGAACGGCAAGAAGAUCACAGAUCUACCUCUGACAGGAAGCAACCCAGUUGGACGCAUCAAGGACGGUAAACCAUUCAACGCGCAUGGAGAUGACCGCCCGAUCCGCUCAAUCGAGAUUGGCCGGGAGGGGAAGAGCCUGACUGCUAUCAAGCUAGGAUUUCCCAACAAGAAGGGCGAAGAAACCUAUGGAGACUUUUCCAAGAGCGUGGAAACCCAAUCAAUCGAGAUUCGUUCCAGGGAAAGAGUGAUCCGGUUGCUUGUGUGGCCAACGAGCAAAGAUUCUGCUGUUGCUCGGGUAGAACUACUUACCAACCGAGGUCGAGAGCUGAAGAUCGGAGACAAACCUUCAGAUACAACUCCCGUAGCUCAAGAGCUUGGCUCCGGACACCUUGCUGUCGUGGUGGGUUCUGUCUUGGAUCGCCUCGCGUCGGUUGGCUUUCGAUUCGUUGCCGGCAAAUUCAGCGGCAAUGUCCCCAGUCACAUUUACAAUAUCAGGUUCCCGAGAGAGCCCGGCUUGACGGAUAUCACAUCGGCUGUGUUCUAUAGGCAGAACUAUUCCAACGAAACGUCGAAACAAGACAAUUGGUUGUUCGAUCGAUCCGAGGAUGUCGUGUCCGAACAGCACUGGAUGGAGAGUAGCACCGAGCAUUUCGAGGUCAGUGUCACUGUUAGCGGCGGCUUUUUUGGUAUUGACGUAAGUGAAUCAACAGGCUGGUCGCUCGACAAUACUGUAGAGCACGGUACAUCCGAAAGUGUAACAAAUGGGCUUCGCUGGGGAAUGAGCGGUGAGACUGACGCUGGGGAAACUAUUCAUGUUGAGAGCUAA